AUGGAGGAACAAGAAGAUAUACAGGACCUGAGCUCCCAGGACGCAGAUGACGACUUUGAACGACGCAUGAUACAAAAUGCGCGCGACGAACGGCGAUUGAAGGAGGCGCUGCACAGCAGCAGCAGAGUGCACGCCUUCAGAAAAGCGCGGACACAACCACGCGUCGGCCUGACCUUGGACAACCUCGAGCGGAACAAUGCGCGCAACCAUGCCGUCACCGAAACGAAUGCGCACGUGAAGUUCCAAAGUCCUCCCAGCAGCAGCGGCUCGGCGCGCUCCGAUCCUGCCAUCCACGCGCCGGCCGGAUGGGGCAGGAAGAGCAGGUCGAACCGCAACUGGAUGAGAACAAUCACAUACGAUGAGCAAGCACAGACGCCCCCACCCGCAGACGAAACGGUGAAUGGCCUCUACGAUGACCACAUGGACGACGACCGCGCACGACCGUCCAUCGAGGACAGUCCGCUGUCGCAUAAGAGCACGCCGCGCCAUGAUCGCUCUGCCGAAUGGGACCUGACUUUUGAGCUGAACGAAGCUUCUAUUAUUGCUUCUACGCCGUACAUACCACGAAAUACUAUGCUAGACGACAUACGACAGAGAGAGGCGGAGAGUUUGAAGGUGGAAACUGUACCAGAGAGCCCGUCAGAAAGCACGCGCCGCCCGCAAUUACCACCACCUUCGAAGGAUGCAGAUAUUGCGGAACCUCCAGCGCAGGGAUCAUCAUCACCUGGGAAGCGCCUACGGACGAGAACGAAUUCGUGGCAGGCGAUUGGAAAGUCGCAGCCAGUCACUGGCACUGGCAAGGAAACUUCGCCUGUAGCCGUGUACAAGACGAGCACCGAGACUGUGAGCGUGUGGGAACAAGAGGCGGUUUCGGGGACAAGAUCACGGCCGUCAAGACCGUUGCGACACCGCAGAGAGGACUCACAGGACCUGCUUCGACGGCUAGCGAGGGCGUCGAAUACUCCAAGCCCAGGACGGUCAGAAGCGUCACGCCCUCAAACUGCGCCAGCAAGCCAGUUGAGCAGCGCAUCACAGCCCAUAGCGACCGAAUCACGGCCGGCUUCGGCUCAUAUCGAGCAGCAUACAUACAAACAGGAGCCGGAACCAGAAACGCCCACUGAGCCUGUAUCAGCUGCGCAUCAGCAGGAGCAAGAGGAGGAAGCAAAGGAUACGUCGAAAGAGCCUAUGGCGCCUUCAGUACCAGUGCCAGGGAGGAAAGUAGAGGACGUUGAUGUCACACCAAUGCCAACAGAGCGACGGCCACUCGAGGCCAAAACACCAGUAGUGACGGGCGCUUGGGUGGACACUCCAGGGCCUCGGACCAUACGGAAGCACAUCAGCAUCGCUCGAUCGCCGUCACAGUCACCGAAGAAGAGCUCGCCACAGAAGAACAGAAGUCCUCAGAAGUCCAAGGCAUCUGCAGUAGAAGAAGUUGUCGAGGCUCCAGUCCCCGAAGCAGUCCGGCCUCAGCUUCCUAGAUCCGCAUUACAAGCCCUCGUCCAGGAAGCCAAGGCGCACGGCAGGCGAGAAUCAGCGGACUUUGGCGACUCAACAAUCAAUUCACUCGAGGACCUGAUUUCAUCACCGCCCGAGGGCGAACUCGACGAAGACACUCUCCUCGGCCUCCAACUCCCCACGAUCACACCCCGCAACGACGCCGAACGACAACGCCAGCAAGAACUACUGCACCUCCACCGCAUGAACGACCGUCUGCGCGCUGCCCGAACCAGCAUCAGAGACGCCAGCCGGGGCAUGAAGCGCGUGGAAGACCGCGUCGAGCACAGCGAAGAACUCACUGACGGCGAGAAAUCCAUCCUCUCCUGCCCGUGCGCUGCAUCCGGCCACCACUCCUCCCUCCUCCAAAAAUUAAAACAACUUUUUUGGAACCCAGCACUCAAGAGCAAACGAGCGGGUACUAGUUGGCGCACACUCGGCGGCCUCACGACACUAAGCAUCCUACUCCUGAUAUUAUUCACAUGGUGGGUCAGCGAGGAAAUCGCAUGCGAAAUGUACUGUCAGCACCCGUAUGCAAACUUCUCGCCGUAUCGCUUCUCGGUGAAUGAAAACGCCCCGCGCUUUCCGUUCGUGAUCCCGACGCUCGUGUCUCGGAACUUAUUUUGGUGGAUGCCAAGUCCGGUGUGGAGUGGAUAUGAGGCUGCUGCGGCAUUGCAACAAGGCGCGAGGAGUACGGCGGCGGCGUGGGAGGCGCGCAGCCAUGUCGCUGAGGAAGUUGUGUGGGAUCAGAGUAUGUUGAGGGAUGAAGUUAUUCGAUAG